AUGUUCUUCUCAAGGAUCGCCUUCAUCCUUUCAAUUGCCAUUGUCCUCCUAGCCAUCACUUGGCUGCCAGCAUCGUCCACUCUCACCUAUGGAGAGGUAGGGACUUGCUCUCCCACGAAAGGCGAUACCACCUGUAUCAAUGCGACUGAAGCUAUGCCUGUCUUCGGCUACCGGGCUCCUGGAGCCGUACGCACUGAUCGUGACUGCUUCGCAUUCAAGCCCCAAUACCGGAUGGCAAAAGUCUGCGAGGAUAAGCUCUGCAAAGGACGCUGCAAGAAAACCAAUUUGGGGCGUGGUUCGUGCCUUCGCUUCUCUGACCGCGCUGAUGCCAACAUUCAGUGCGUCGUGAUGGCGUGA